UUUCAUUAGAAGAGUUUGAUAGAUUAUCUUUCAAUAUGAUUUUAAUGAGCCCUCCCUGUCAGCCAUUCACAAGAAUUGGUCUGCAAGGUGAUGUGACUGAUCCAAGGACGAAUAGCUUCUUAUAUAUUCUAGAUAUUCUCCCCAGGUUACAAACAUUACCGAAGUAUAUUCUUUUAGAAAAUGUUAAAGGUUUUGAAGUAUCUUCUGCAAGAGACCUGUUAAUAAAAACAAUAGAAAAUUGCGGCUUUCAGUACCAAGAAUUUCUAUUAUCUCCAACCUCUCUUGGCAUUCCAAAUUCAAGACUACGGUAUUUCCUUAUUGCAAAGCUUCAGUCAGAGCCAUUACCUUUUCAAGCCCCUGGUCAGGUACUGAUGGAGUUUCCCAAAAUGGAAUCUGAACAUCCUCAACAACAUGCAAUAGAUGCAGUCAAUAAAAUUGAAGGAAAGAAAAUUGAACCAAAUAUUUGCUUUGAUAGCAGCAGACAGUGUUCAGGAAAAGAAGCCAUUCUUUUUAAGCUUGAAACUGCAGAAGAAAUUGAGCGGAAACAUCAACAGGACAGUGACCUCUCUGUACAAAUGCUAAAAGAUUUUCUUGAAGAUGAUAUUGACAUGAAUCAGUACUUUUUACCACCAAAGUCGUUGCUGCGAUAUGCUCUUUUGUUAGACAUUGUUAAGCCCACUUGCAGAAGAUCCAUGUGCUUUACAAAAGGUUAUGGGAGGUACAUAGAAGGGACAGGAUCUGUGUUGCAGACUGCAGAGGAUGUGCAGAUUGAGGAUAUCUACAAAUCUCUUACCAAUUUGUCACAAGAAGAAAAGAUAACAAAAUUGUUAAUGCUUAAACUUCGAUAUUUCACUCCUAAAGAAAUCGCAAAUCUUCUUGGAUUUCCUCCAGAGUUUGGAUUUCCUGAGAAUAUAACAGUGAAACAGCGUUAUCGACUACUUGGAAAUAGUCUCAACGUACAUGUAGUAGCUAAACUAAUCAAAGUACUAUACAGAUAAUCUUAAAUGACUUUGAAAGAUGGUCACAGUAUUCCUUCAUAUCCAGACGGUAAUUCUGAAAUUCUAGUUUAAUUAAUUUUGAUGAAAUUCAACUAAAUUACCUUAAUCUCUCAUAACAAAUUUGAAUGUAUCACAAAAAUGCCAAUUUGUUUCCUUACAUUUAUAUUAUGUCUUUUGUAAAGUGAAAUUAUUGUUAUUCUUUAGGUGAGUAUAUUUUCAUAUGAAGUCAUUAAAUAUAUAUCUAAUAUUC